CGUGAUCAUUGGCUGGCAGCGCGUCAGGAAUCGUGGGGAAACAGAGCGCGCAGAUAAGAAGAAGGCAUUGUGCCAUCCUCAUGAUCACCUCGUCUCAGCAUGGCGGCGAAGAGCGGCAUGACGGGCUACGAGGCGGUGAAUCGUGAAUCGAGUGUGGUACGAAAUUGGUAGGGUAGGGUAGGUAGGGUGGGAAGCCGGGAUCUAUUGAGGGCCAUUCCCCUGUGCACAGGAGACCUCUUGUCUAUCACUACUACCUCCUCCACACCUCACCCGCGCCACCACGAGGAUUGUUGCUCUGUUGGAAGGUGUCAGUGUGAGGGUGCCCCAAUGUUCGCCUCUCUGCUGCGCUCGAAGAAGAGUAGCCGGUCGUCUGAGACUACGCCCCUCCUUGCAGCGAUACACAGGUACCGCAACCGCCACAACGACGAGGCGUCUGAGGGCGAUGACAACUACGAAAACGAGGCAGCCCAGUUCGAUGGCGAGAUUUACGACGAAGACCACGAUCGCCGGCGUGACGGCCCAUUGCUGCCAGUCUUCUCUUCUGAGUUCCUAGACCGCAUCCCCAUAUACAACAACACGCAUGACAUUCGCACCAUCAUCGUCGAGCGCUGCGAAACGACUCUAAGCUGGGACCAGUUGCGCUCGCCGCAGGUUUCGCAGUUUCUUGUGAAACCCAUACAACAGCAGAUUCGCGCAGAGCACUUCUCGCGCGGUGCCCUGUAUUGCUUGAUAGCAAACUGCCUGCAGUUUAGGAAGGAGGGAGAGGCAAAUCCUGGCAAUGUUGGUGUCAGCAAGACCAGGGCGCUCCUCUGUGAGCUGCUCGCUAUGCGCCUGUUGAAGGAGUUCUCUACAAGAGAGCUGAUCGAUGCGCUGAGCUACGACUAUGACCCUCUGCAGGGCCUCGAGGUUGCAGCUGGUGGCGCCAACUGGACACGGCAGAGACAGCAACAUGCGCGUAUCUCAGCGCUUGAAAUCGCCAUUCGUGCCCAGGCCAAGAAGUUCCUUGCGCAUCCUUUGGUUGUGCAGCAGCUGGAGGCUAUUUGGGCAGGAACAAUUGUCUUCCACUCGGUUGCUGACAGUCUCCACCGCAAGCCUGAUACCUCCCACAGCAAACCCACGAGCGACGAGGUCUCUCCCGGUAGAGGACCUUCACGUCGUCAGCCACCGCCAAAGAAGGCCAACGCCGACCUACCAACGUCAGCGCUCAUGAGACGAACAGUGACUCUGUACGAUCCCCACGACUCGUCACUCUUCAAGCUCUCCCGCCUCCGAGUACCCCGCUACCGCAACAUGUUCUCCACCCUAUCCUUUGGUAUAAUGCUGGGGCUGUUUUUGGCUGUCCUAGCCGAAAAGUCAGACGAUAUCACGGUUCUGGAAGUCGUCUUCUGGUUUUGGAGCGCUGGAUACAUGUUGGACGAGAUUGUUGGAUUCUCCGAACAAGGAUUCGGGUUGUACAUCAUGUCUGUCUGGAAUGCCUUCGAUCUAGGAAUUCUGCUGAUGUUCGUGGCAUACUACAUCCUGCGACUGUACGGUAUUCUCAUGCCGGAUAUCAGACGUGGAGUUGUGACCAGCCUAGCGUACGACGUCCUAGGAGCGACAGCCGUACUACUGUUUCCUCGCCUCUUCUCAGCCUUGGACCACUACCAAUACUUCUCACAACUUCUAAUCGCCUUCCGCAUGAUGGCUGUGGAUCUGGUUGCCAUUCUGGUGCUGAUUGUCAUUGCCUGCAGUGGCUUCUUUGUAUCCUUCAGCAUGGCAUUUGUUGGCAAGGAGAUUGGAGCUAGAAAUGCUGCAUACGCCAUCUUCCAGUUACUCAUGGGUUUCACACCCGCAGCAUGGGACCUCUGGGGCGAGUACAACAUGUUAGGAAAGGCUCUGUUGGCCCUCUUCCUCUUCAUGUGUCACUUCCUCAUUGUGACUAUCCUGAUUACAGUGUUAACGAACUCGUUCAUGAAGAUCGUUCAGAACGCCAACGAGGAGCACCAGUUUUUGUUCGCGGUGAACUGCAUUUCAAUGGUCAAGUCUGAUGCGCUCUUCUCCUACAUCCCGCCUACGAACAUUGUAGGCUGGCUGCUAAUACCACUCAAGUUCAUGAUGCCCUUCAAGACGUUCAUACGCAUGAACAGGACGGUCAUCAAGCUGACGCACAUCCCGAUUCUUUUCACCAUUUUCUUGUACGAAAGGCUGGUGCUUUCGAAUUUGGCAUACGGACCCACCGAUUUGGUGGAGAGCCGUGGACGACCUGGGACUGCAUCGCCCCUGGCACCAGCGUUCAGCAUCCGCGGUGCUGUUGAGUCCUUUCAGCCACGCCUGCGGGAGCCGUCCAUUACCACUUUCCACAAGGACCGCGCUCUAGAAGAGGUGUUCCGCAGGCCUUACCGCGACACCAGUGUGCAAGCGCCUUCCAACUACCCCUCGGGUCGCAGGAACUCGAGCAACGUAGUUUCCGAUUGGAUGAAGAAGAUGGGUGAUGAUGAGGAAGUAACACCACCUCAGGAGGAUGCUCAAUCCGUUCUUGAUCGUCUUGAGACUCGUGCCAGACCAUAUCUGCGCCGCUCGAAGACUUCUGGUCAGCCUAGGCGAAGGCAUCCACUCUCUUUCACAAGAAGUGCCGCCUCUGAUCAGGAUGAUAGCUUCAUUACAUUCCCUCGUCCAAUCAUGGAAGAGGAAGAGCCGAUCCCUAAUGAUGAUAACCCACAGCAGACUGAUGCUGAUGGAGAUGACGAGCUUCUGACACAACCUGACGAUAACGAUUCGAACUCGGACCGCCAAACAACUCCAAAGAACCUACCAACACCUGACAAGGAAAACAAGAAGCCCAAAGCUGGUUAUGAAACAUCCGAGGAUGAGUUCUUCCGUACACCGAUGGUUUCGAGGCCAAAGACUCCUGCGCGGACCCCUGCUAGGGCCAGAUCACCAUCAGAUACCGGUGCGCCAGAAGCGCAGAUGUCGCCAAGCAGGAAGCACAAGCCAGGACAUGCUCGUAACUCCUCGACCAACACUAUUCUGUUUAGCCCUACGAAAGAGACGAUUGACGUGUCACGUCCAGCUUCGCCAGAAAAGCGUCUGAAAUUGAGCUCACGCAGCGGGACGGCCACGCCAGGUCGCCUCGACAGACCCUCGUCCGCUGGCACGAAGACGCCCAAGCGUCAUCAGCCGAUUACUCACGUCAGUCAUGCCUCAGCGUCUCGUGCUCGAGCAAUCCUGCCUCCUGAGACCGGUCGGAAGACACCCAAUUUGUCCAAUUUUUUCGCCCUGGAACGCCAGAAUCGUACACCUUCUUUCAAUGCCAUGGCGCUCGACCUGGCUUCCGACCUGGGUGAUAACAAUAACAAUCCCAACUUCGGCAAUCUGAACACCAUCCCAGCGUCCUUUACAACUCAAUUCGAGCUUGCAGCGCGAGCCAGACAAGAAGCGCGCAUGGAGCGUAAGGGCAGUGAUACCGAAUCCGAUUCGAAUCGCAUGAGUAGGAUCAUGCUCGCCAGGAUGACAACAUUGGAAGAAGGCUUCCGCGAUGUGCUGAAGGAGGUCAAAGGUCUUAGAGUCGGAGAUUCGAGCGCGGCUGCUAGUCAGCGUACACACACACCGCCCAACGAACGCAACGACCUAAUGAAGAAGAAGGGAAAAGCGAAGAAACGAAACGGCAAGAAAGGUAGCGGGGAUGACAAGUUCGGAUCGAGCGUAUAGACGUUAUGUGAUCCAUUGAAGAUUUAAAGUCGAGGUUGCCUUUGCGCACUAGCAUGGCUUGCGGUUGGAAGCGGCCCUUUGCGUUGCGUUGCAUUGCAUUGCUUGCGCUGUUUACAGUAACAGUAUAUCUGGGUGUGAUGAUUAUGGCCUUUCUUUCGCGAGAUACCCCUUAGGGAUUUGCGUCUGAGAUGCGGCGUUGGCUUUGGCUUGGCUUGGGUUGUAUCAUUGUCUCGUUGCCGUUGGUCAUUCUUGUACAGCAUGAGCGUAAUGAUGAAACAUACUCUCUCAC